ACACGGUCUGAUGUCCUGGUGGACCGUGGAGAGGAGUUAAAGUUCGGAAUGGCCCACUGGUGAGACGGCGUGGGCGAGCCACGCACAGUUACCGGGGCAGAUUCAUCAGCGGCGGCGUCAUCUUCCCCCCAAACCGCUUCUUUCUUUAGCAACACCCGCAGUGGAGUCGCGAUCGCCCAGCGAGGCUUUGCUCUUCGCAUGCCUACUGCCCUCUGUUGUUGAUCCUGGCAAUUUUGCCUUUGACUUUUCUCCUGUUUGUUGUCUUCUGCCACUUCCCAUCUUCUGCUCUCUUCUUCUUCCAGAUCCAGAUACCCCCGUACAUGAGGCCCCCCGAUUCACCUCGAGCUGCAUUCAUUCCGCAGCGGAUCGGCAUCUAAACUGUUUAUCGACGACUUUAUUUCUCGAUCUCAUACCACGCCGUUGAUCCCCACACCCGCCGCGACUGGAAUUGUCUCGAUCGCAGCACUUCCAACACCACCAUCAUGAGGUCCCGAGCAUCUGUCAAGCCGUCCCAAUACCCUCCGAUCCCGUUUCAUACCAUUCGUGCGACUGGCUUGAUCUCUACAUUCAUCGUGGGCAUUAUCCUGGCCGUAUUCAUUGUCCAACUGCAUAGCGGCAACUACAAACUCCCUUGGGCCUUUCUCAUUCUCGUCAUCGCGACCGUCUUCUCCCUCCUAAAUUUCAUCCUCACCACCCUCACCCAUUGCUGCUAUGGCCUCUCCCCCCGCCUCAACCUCACCACCAACAGCAUCGUCCUCGUCCUCUGGCUCAUCGCCCUCGGCCUUCUAAGCUGGAGCAUGUCGCACACGAUUCUAACAACCUGUAACUCCACCUACUGGGGAACCUCAACCGGCAUCAACGUCUGCCGGAUCUACAAAGCCCUAUUCACUUUCACCAUUGUCGCUGCGACCGCCCACCUCGCCGGCGCCGUUCUCGACGUCAUGGUCUACAGACGCCAAACCCGUCUCGGCGAAUACGAUCCAAUGGCCAGUAGCACCGCCCUAAAUGACUACAAGAUGCACAACCGCUACAGCAGCGCCAUGUCUGGUGGCGCUGGUCCAUACCCGUCCGAAGAACCCCUGUACAACCAGCAGCCCCAUGCCCCCGAAGAUUUGUACCAGAACGCCCCUGAGCCGAUGUACCAUCCCAGUCAGCGCAUGCCUCCCCCGCCGGCGUACGGAGCUAGCAGCUUGGAGCAGCAACAUGCUGGUGAAGCAGAGGAGUACCCUGACACUGCGCCGGCUCAGGGUCAGCGUCGGAAGCCAAGAGUGAGAUUUAGUGCUUAUGGGGCGUCUUCGGGAUACAGCCACCCCUCAGAGCAGACGAGCUACGACCCGGCGGCGUAUCGUUGAAGUGACCGCGUGAGCCAUACUUAACUACUUACUGUCUUUGCGUGUAAAACGAAUCACGCGGCCCGUUGGGGAUCGAAUCAUCUUCCCAAUGCCUGUGCUUGGAAGCCUCCUUGGCUUUCAUGAUAUUCAAAAUGAUGUGUUACGAUCUUGCAUUGUAAAUGGUAUAGUUCCUUGACUUGGAUAGGUCCAUAUGCUGGCGGGCGUAAUGCAGGGAUUUCUUGUCUUCAGCGAUGUCAUUUAAUCUUGUCUUCAUAUAGGAUAGUUUAUUGUGUGAAUCAUGAUAGAUACCGGAAAUCUACAUAUACAGGGAGUGCUUGGGGAAGUUCUGCCACUCACUCAGGUCGAAGAUCAACUUGGC